AUGAAUGCAAAUAAAGAAUCUGUACAGAGCAGUUAGUUUGCCAGUGUUCGAGUGGAAGAAACUUAGAAGUCGUCAAUUGCAAGUAAUGACAAGCAGGUGUAACCCAAUGCAGCCCCAUAAUCUCCCUUAAAAACUCAAAACCUUAAUCUAGGUAGUGCUAAUAAAUAGCAGAGUCCUUAGAAAAGCUCACUUAAAACUUCUCAAGUCAAUUAAAAGGGCUCAGCAUAAAGCAACAGCAGCCCUAAUUCUAGAGUUUCCACAAAUGAAACUCAAAAUAAAAAGUAAGCUAACCAGAAUCAGGCAAGCGUAUAAGAUGAAGAUAGCUUAAAUGAUACGAUGCUCCAAGAUGAUGAUAAGGAUUUCUGGGAGGACACCGAUGUCAAGAAGCUUUUCAGGUCCAAAGAAAUUAAAUUUAAGCUUAAUGAUUAGUAUUCUGACUAGACAUCCUACUUAAAUAAUGAAGAUCUUAUUUUGAAAAAGGAUUUUGAAAUCUAGGUGAAAGACAGAGAUGGAAGAAUUAUAUUGCAUAGAGCAGCAUUAGAGCAGAGAGCUGAUGUGAUAAGAAACACAUUGGAUAAUUUAGAUGACGAGAAGAGGAAAGAGAAGGCCAAUGAGAAGGAUAACUAUGGUAACACCCCAAUAAUACUUGCAAACAUCUAUAAUAACGAUACCGAAGAGAACAAGAAGAAGCAGUCUAGAGAAGAGAUUGUAGAAAAGUUCGUUAAAAUCACCGAUCUAAACAUUCAAAACAAAAAUUCUUUGUUCACUGCACUUCAUUGGGCUUGCAUUCACGGUUUGGAAUCAAUAGUUGAGAAAUUAUUAGGAAGCGGGGCUUUUAUUCACAUUCCUGAUAAGUAUGGAUAUUUUCCAAUAGACUACGCAGGCAAAUUCAAUCAUGGUGGAUGUGUGUCUCUUCUAAUCGAUUAUACAGUAAACAUGGUCCUAAAGAAAUAAAAGGAAGUAUCAAAAAUGAUUGGGGAGGAAUAAUAUUAGACUUAAUGGGAGAAAAUGUUUGAUACUUCUCCCAUCAUUGAUAUCUCAUUAAUUAAAGAUCAGCAAAUACUUAUGGGAAAGGAUUUAUAGCAAGACUUGAAAAAACUAUAAUAACAAUAUAAAGGACAGAUUAAAAUAAUUCCUUUAGAGAACUAGUAUACACAUAAUAUCCUUCUAUUCAAUCCCAUUCUACAUACAUCAACUCUUUACUGGGGUUGUAUGUAUAAAGAAAUAACUGUAGAUUAGGUUAGGGAUAUUCUUAAAAAUCUUUAUGCGUAUCCUGAAGGGCCAGUUAUGAGUGACAAUUAGAAGUCACCAUGCCAUGCUGCAGCAUAAUCUGGAAAUGUUGAAAAACUAGACUUAUUGAUGAAAAAUAUAUAAAAUCGAUACUUAUAUGGGACAGCGAUUGACAAAUACGAAGCAAGUGAUCCUAAUAACUAAAAAUUGCUAAGAUCUUACAAUAGAGAUCCCCACAUGUGUUACAGAGAAAAAUGGUAGCUAUUUAUCAAGUCUAAGAGAUAUGACCCAAUAAGAAAGUUCUAUACCUAGAUAUUCGAAGCGAAACUAUACUAGUACAGUAGAAUGCCCUAUUUUAGUAUGGACUUCCAGGACAAAUUUCUUAACACUCCGCUUCAUACAGCGUCUCAGUAUGGAAAUGAGAAAUGUGUUGAGAGACUUUUAGAAGAAUAUCACUUAUCACUUACAAUCAGAAAUUCUUAAGGAUGGAUGCCUAAAGAUUUAUAGCAGCAUUAUUUGGUUCACGAGGCAUACCUUCGAUUUUAUAAGAAGCAGCAUACAUUAUUUAAAGAGAGAGAGAAGAUAACUAGUUAAAGUGCAAAUGCAAGUGGAAGGAAUUCUUUUUCCUCAACUCCUACUGGUCAGGAUAUUGGCAGCUUCUCUGACCCAUCUAUGAUGAAAGGAUUUGAUGAUGAUGAUGAUUUAGCCAAUGCUAAAAACAGUAUAACAGUCCUGUAGCCAACAGUAGCAAUGAGAAGGAAAUAUGACCAAGAUUUUCAGAACAAUAAACCUAUGACGGAACAAGAAAUAAUCAACAAAAGAUUGAUAGCAUCUAGAUAAAUUAUGCCUUAGGUCCCACCUUUGGUAUUGAAAGUAAAUAAAUCCUAAGAAAAUAAACAAAUCAUCAAUGGAAUGGUCAAUGUACUCUAGAAUCAAGGAUUUGACGUUUAAAUUUUCCCUUCUCUUAAUCCUGAUCUCUACUACAUAGCCCUGAACUUGAAAUAAUCUAAACUCGAGAGUGAAGCCAAAUCUAUUAAGCUCAAAGUUAAGCUAGCAGAUAUUGACAUAAAAGUUGAAUUUGAACCAAAUUAGAAAGUAAAAUUUGAGCCAUUCAGAACCAAGGAUAUCUAAAAGAUCAUGAUAAGUCUAAUAAAGAAGAUCAUCAAUGUUGAUUCUUUAACGGAUGAAAAAAUUCUCAUACAGAUAUUGCCUAUGCAUGAUUUCUAUGGCAUUCAUGAAAUCAAAUAAAAAUGGGAGACAAGCACUAAGAUUUGGCUUUAACCCAGUUUUAUUAAACAGUUUUACAGAGAAGGUAUAAUCUUUGAAUAUCGCGAACUUUCAGCAAUAAAGAAUUACUUUGGGGAAAAAGCAGGCUUCUAUUACGCUUGGAUGUCCUUCUACACGUCAUGGUUGAUUAUUCCAAGCAUAUUUGGAUUUGCCCUGACAAUUUACUAGAUUAUUAGCAAUGUAGAUAAUAUUUGGACCAGUGUUUAUUCAGUCCUAGUAUGCUUUUGGGUUACUAUUUUCAUUGAGAGAUGGAGGAGGAAAUCAGCUGAAAUAGCUCUAAGAUGGGGAGUGUUCGAUUAAAGUUCAGACAAGGAAAGAGAGGUGAGACCUGAGUUUAACGGAGAUGAAUAUUUUUCAAUGAUAAAUUACCAGGUUAUGAAGCUAAACGUUCAGGCUAGAUUCUAUCUCAUUAUUAUAGUAUCUAUUCCAGUGUUCGUCAUUCUGAUUGGUAUCUGUGUAGUUGUAUAUUUCCUCACCAGAGAGUUCAAAGAUCAGAAUUUAAAUGGGGAAAUUAACCACGAUAGAUUCAUUCAGAUUUUAGCAGGAGUAAUUAAUGGCCUGUCUAUUUCGAUAGUGAAUUUUAUCUAUCAGUAGCUGGUAAUAAUUUUUAUGAAACUAGAAAAUCACAAAUAUGCAGACACGUAUGAAAAAUCUUUUAUCUUCAAGUUGUUUGCUUUCAAGUUCAUUAAUACCAACAUUUCACUGUUUUAUACUGCAUUCUUUGACCAAAACUUCAUAUCCCUUUAUUACUUAAUAGUUGGUAUGGUAAUCUAAAAAUCUUUAUAAAUUUUUGUAUUCAAAAGAAAGUAUUUCAAAGAGGUUGCGAAAUAAGGCCAAGAACAGUAAGCCAAGCAUUAAUAAUUCAUUGAAGAAUUGGGACAAAAUGAGCAAAUAAGCUUAGAUAAAACUUUAAUAAGUUAGUAGAUAGCAAAAUAGGAUAAACUCAAGAGAGCUAUCUCUUAAUUUAUUAGCAAUCCACUUUACAAACCAAUAACUGACUAGCCUCUUCUCUAUUAGAAAAUUCUUUACAGACUUGUUUUUAAUGGUUCAGGCAGAUUCGGAGACCCUCACCUCUUUUUGGACUUUAUUGAAUUAAACUCAGUGAUGGUGCAAACUUUUGAAAAAGACGAAAUCAAUGAGAACAGUGAGGUAUUUAUCUUAUUUGGAUUGGCUACUCUUUACGCAUGUGCUUGCCCAAUAGUUACUUUCUAUGUGAUGCUACACAACAUAUUUGACAUUAGAUUAGAUCUAUGGUGCUAGCACACAUGUAUCAGAAGACCUGUUAUGUAGGUUAGGUAAGAUAUAGGGCCAUGGCUUGCUAUAGUUGAGUUUAUGGCUUUACUAGCUGUAAUUACCAAUUCACUUUUGCUUUACUUCUCUUCACCGACCUUAAAGGGCUGGUUGAGUUCAACUUUCGAGUUAGAUACAGAAAUUUAUUUGCUCUGGAUUAUAGUUGGAGUUGAACAUAUUAUCAUAGCAAUGAAAUAUAUCGUCUAAGUAUUGAUUAACGAUGUUCCUGCUUGGGUUAAGAAAAGUGCUGAUAGAAUUGAAAAUGUAAAAGAUAAGCUUAUGAUUGAGCAGAACGAAAGAGAAGAGAAUGAAAAAAUUUAGGUCUUAGAGUAAAAACUAAGGGAAAUGUCUUAAAAGCAUAAGGAAUCAAUCAGACUCUUCAGCGAAAAAGUAAAGCAGUUCAAGAAGACUCAGGCUAUGUAUGAGAAUAAAAUCAGAUAGCUAAGCAAUGAUAAAAUUUCAAUGAUUGAAAAAGAGAGAGAGUUAAAAGGUGUUUAAGCAAUAAAGAAAUUAGAAUAGGAAUAAAACUAGAAUAAAAAGAAUCCAGAGGACUAUAAACUAUGCCAUUUCCUAGGAUACUAUGAGACAGAUCUAAAAGGGAAGAAAACUGUUGCUGAACUCGAGAAGGCUCUGUCUAGAAAUUUAAAGAACAAACUUAUCUACUUACAAUUCAAUAUCCUGGAGAGGGAUAUCAUUGGUAGAAGGACUAUCAAGCUAAACCAAACAAAGAAAUUAAAUUAAAUUAACUGUGCCUAAUGCCAGACAAGUCUUGCUACUAUCGAAUGCACAAGCUGCCAAGAUCAUUACUGCAAGCCAUGCUCAGAUGAUCUUCAUGCGCCUUCUAAGAUUGUGUUUUCAUUGCACACCUUGAUAAAUAUCCCUCUGGAGGUACAACAAAGAUUCGACAUUCUAAAGUCAGUUGGAAAUCAAAUAAAUGCAAAACUAAUUCUUUCACCCACAAGCAAGCCUUAAUGGAAAAAAUUUGAGUAUUUCAACUUCACCCUAGAUCCUGGCAAUGACCAUUAUACAUUUAUACAAAAGCACUAUGUAUACCUCAGAUAACAAUACAUCACCUAGAAUUACAUUGAACAGUUUGACAAGAUUAAUUAUCAAGGUCUAUUUGUGGAUAAGAACUAUGACUUACUACCUGAUCACCAUGCUAUUCUAAUGAAGAGUCGACACAAGCGCAUCUUUGGAGAUGAUGAACUUUAAUCAUAAAUUGAUAGAUUCAAUGACGAGGAACUGAUGUACCUAAAUAGGAUAGCUUUUUAUCUAUUCAAGCAUAAAGGAGAAAAUCUUACCUUUGAUAACUAUUGCGCUAGACUCAACAUACUUUAGACAUCCCCUUAUACCAGAAGAGUAACUCUUUGGCUUUCUUUGAUUGAUGAAAAAGGUGAUGAAGUUAUUCCAAGAACAACCUUUGAAAAAAUGGUUAAUAUCAUAUUUGUUCAAGAUCUUACUCAAUAAAUGAGUGCAAAUGCUAUUGUUCAUUUAAUAUUUGGAAAUGAUAAAGAUAUGACUAUUAACAAACUUAUAGAAAUAAUGCAAAAGGAGCCAGUAAAGCCAUUUAUGGAAUGCAUUAUACAAUUUGAUGAGAAUGAAGUGAAAGAUAUUUGA